CUGGAGUCGUCAAAGCUGGUUUUGCAGGAGAUCAGAUUCCAAAGUACUGCUUCCCCAAUUAUGUGGGACGGCCUAAGCAUGUACGUGUUAUGGCUGGUGCUCUGGAGGGAGAUAUUUUCAUUGGACCAAAAGCAGAGGAGCACAGGGGCCUGUUAACUAUCAGGUAUCCAAUGGAACAUGGAAUUGUAAAAGACUGGAACGACAUGGAACGGAUUUGGCAGUACGUGUAUUCCAAAGACCAACUCCAGACUUUCUCUGAAGAGCAUCCUGUACUCCUCACAGAAGCUCCUUUGAAUCCAAGGAAAAACCGUGAACGUGCUGCUGAGGUUUUCUUUGAGACUUUCAAUGUCCCUGCUCUGUUCAUCUCAAUGCAGGCAGUACUUAGUCUGUAUGCCACAGGUAGAACUACAGGUGUGGUGUUAGAUUCAGGCGACGGAGUCACACAUGCUGUACCUAUCUACGAAGGAUUUGCUAUGCCGCAUUCCAUCAUGAGGAUUGACAUUGCAGGACGUGAUGUCUCUCGCUAUUUACGUCUGUUCCUUAGAAAGGAAGGAUAUGAUUUUCAUACAUCAUCAGAAUUUGAGAUUGUGAAAACAAUCAAAGAGCGUGCCUGUUACCUGUCAAUAAACCCACAAAAAGAUGAAACCCUGGAGACGGAGAAAGCUCAGUACAUUCUGCCUGAUGGAAGCACAAUUGAAAUUGGACCUGCACGAUUCCGUGCUCCAGAACUGCUCUUUCGACCUGACUUGAUUGGUGAAGAGUGCGAAGGAAUCCAUGAAGUCUUAGUCUUUGCAAUCCAGAAAUCUGACAUGGAUCUGAGGCGAACGCUUUUCUCUAACAUUGUGCUGUCAGGAGGAUCAACUUUAUUCAAAGGUACCCAUUUAUUUUGUUAACAAGCUAGGAUGGUC